AUGUCAUCAUUAUCGGCAUUAAUGUCAUCUAAUGAACUUACAUUUCAAUGUGCAAUUCACGAAAAAUGGACCUUGCUUCUUUUGUUCGUACGUGCAGUUCCUGCACUUGUAUUAUUAAAUAAUCAAUUAGAAGGCAAUUCAUCCUCUUCUUCUUCAAGUUCUGAUUCCAAAGAGAUUGAAAUAUUUGGUAAAAUAAUUGACAGAGAAGAUUAUUUAAUCCUAAGAUUAAAAUAUAAUCCGAUCCUGAAUCAUUCGUGCAACAAAUGUUAA